AUGGCCUCUGAUUGUACUUUUAAUUCUUAUAGCAAUGUUGAUACAUUGAAUCAAGAAGAAAAGGAAGUUCCUUGCUUAUUUCAAAGGCAAGUACAGACUUCACAAUAUGAAUUGCUUGAAAGGUACUCAAGUUUUAAUAAACUUCAAAAUAUUAUUGCAUAUAUUUAUAGAUUUUAUCUUAAUGCUUUAAAACGGAAACAAAUAAUUAAAGACACUUUUCUUACUCCUACAGAACUAGAAAACGCUCUUCUGGUCAUUAUUCGUUCUGUACAAAAACAUCAUUUUGCUGAUGACAUAUAUGCAAUUAAGAACAAUUUAAAAAUAAAGUCAGGUAUUGCUAAUUUGCACCCCUUUAUUGAUGCAAACGAUAUUCUUCGUGUGGGCGGUAGGCUUCAGAAUGCAGGCAUUCCGCGCGAUAAAAUGCAUCCUAUUAUAUUGCCAAAGAAUUCCAAGGUAACAUCUUUGAUUAUUGAGAGGGAACACCUUCGAUUAUUGCAUGCCGGCCCUAGGUUAGUGCAUAGUUCACUCUCACAGAAAUACUGGAUUAUCAGUGGCAUUAGAGAGAUUAAAAAAGUAUUGCACAAAUGCUUAAAAUGUAUUCGAUUAAAGGCUGAGGCUGCGAAGCAACUUAUGGGCUCCUUGCCGGCAGAAAGAAUUAAUGCUACUAGACCCUUUCAGCAUGUUGGUAUUGAUUUUUGUGGCCCUUUUAGCAUGAAGGUAGCCAGGAUUCGAAAACCACUUGUAACUAAAGGAUAUGUUGCUCUAUAUGUCUGUUUUGUAACCAAGGCUAUCCACAUUGAGACAGUAUCAGAUCUUUCUACUGAAACUUUCUUGGCAUGUUUCAAUCGCUUCAUAUCAAGGCGAGGCAUGCCAACUAAAGUCUUUUGCGAUAAUGCAAAGACAUUUAAGGGGGCUGAAAAUCAACUCAAAGAAUUGUAUGAGUUACAAAAUUCUAAAUCUCAUAGAGAUGCUGUUUAUAAUUAUUGUAAAACAAAUUAUAUUAAGUUUGUGUUUAUUCCCAGUUACUCUCCAGAGUUUGGUGGACUUUGGGAAGCAGGGGUAAAGAGUGUCAAAUACCAUCUUAAAAGAGUAAUAGGCACCAUGUGCUUGACCUAUGAAGAAUUUAAUACUGUUAUGAUACAAAUAGAAGGUGUUUUAAACUCUAGACCUCUGCUUUCAUUUAAUCCAAAUGAAGGUGAAUAUUUAACACCUGGGCAUUUUCUUAUUGGGACAGCCAUUUGCAGUUAUCCAGAGGUCAAUGUGUCUGAAAUUUCAUUUAACCGUUUAAAAUUUUGGAAAGUUGUAACAAAACUGAAACAAGACUUCUGGAAAACAUGGUCAAAAGAUUACCUAACUCAGUUACAGAGUAGCCCAAAAUGGAAAUAUGAUUUACCUAACCUAAAGGAAGGUGAUAUUGUACUGGUAAAACAAUUAAAUACACCACCUUUAGAAUGGCCUCUAGCUCGUAUUGUUAAGGUGUUUCCAGGCAAGGAUAAGAAUGUAAGAGUAGCCGAGGUAAGGUUUAAUAAUAAAGUGUAUUUAAGGUCCAUUGCAAAAUUGUGCCCUCUACCUAUUAAUUAA